AUGGGAAAUUGUAAAUGCUCUAGUUAGAAAGGUAUCAUAUUUAAUACAUCUUUAGUUCCCAUUUAAACAUAAAAAUUGUCACAAGAGGAAUGGGAAGCCAAAUUAAAUGAACAUUAUUAAGUAAAACAUAAUAAAUAUUGCAAUUUUAGUCUAUUUUGAAUUCCUGUGAUGGUACUUUGAAUUGUUCUUGUAAUAUCAUCAAGCAAGAGUAAAAUGGCAAACUAAUUUUUCAAAUUUAGGGUUCUCUGAUAGAAUAACUAAAAACAAUCAAAUGA